AUGAUUCAAAAAUGGCUCAAGUCGUUCAUAUCCGGCAGACUGGGUCGCACUUUGUUCAUGUCGAAGACGUCGCACGCGCGAUACUUACCGAAUAAAGUCCCGCAAAGAUCGGCCCUCUCCCCGGCCUUGUUUAACUUCCACCUGAGCAGUUUACCUGAACUGGAAGACACUUUGAUCCUGUUUUAUGCUGAUGAUUUGAUCUUGGCGGCUCGGGACAAGAACAUUUCAAUUGCUUGCACACGCCUACAAACCCAUCUGGAUUUAUUGGAGUCUUGGUUUGUAACCAACCACCUCUCACCCUCUUUCUCCAAGUCCAGUGUUACGUUGUUCACCAGUGACCGUCGCCAACUAGACCAGCAUCCAGAGUUGAAAAUCUUUGAAGAACGCCUCCCCAUCUCAAAAACUCCGAAAAUCCUGGGAGUGAUCUACGACCAAUGUUUUACCUUCUCUUCUCAUGUUGACCACAUAAUCAAAAAAUUAAACAAAAAAAGGAAUGCCCUCCGAGCAGUGGCCGGAUCCUCUUUUGGUCAAGACAAAGAAAAGCUAAGAAUAAUCUAUAAACAAUACAUCAGGAUCUCCCUUAACUACACUAGCCCCGCUUGGGCCGCUUCUCUUUCAUCCAGCAACAUUUAA